CACGUCCGGACCCAGAUGGACAUUGCUGCGACCUUUGUACUUUGCAUUGUCAUACAAGAGCACAAUUAAUGAAUGUAUCAUUCAUGUGAAAGUGAAUAUGUGAUGUUUUGAAUUUGACUCUUGAUUAAGCAGGAUUCAAGGCAUACCUCAUCUGGGACCUCAUAAAUAGCAUAACCAAUAGCUUGAAGAUCGCGAUUGAGCCUCCGCUGCCUGCGUCCAUCCUUUUGCAUCAGCCCCACAAGAAAGGUGCAUCCAUCCUUCCCAUCCAGAGGAUCAUCAUCCACGUCUUCCAGACGCACCACAAACUGAGGGUUGGAUGAGAAGGUCGCUGGAGGACACACAAAUAAAAGAUUUGCCUACCCGUCACUCCAAGGCCCAAUCCACUCCACCUGCCCCCAUGGGUUCCUGAUGCGUACGAGUUGAACCAGCCUGCCUCGAAAAUGAACCUGGGACCAAGAUAAACAGCGUAUCCCCUUUGGAGCUCCUUGGCAAAUGUCCGUCCUUGUGGCGCCAUCAUUAAUGAACAUGGGGUUGGAACACAGCUCCUAUGGAGGACCAUGACGAUGACGUUUCGACAAACAACAAUCUGAUGCUUUGAUGGGCCAGGCGACCUGCCGUGGAAGUCAUUCUCACCUCUGAAACAUAUACCAGGAUGAUGGGAUUUCCCUCUUUCCUGUCUGCAUAUCCAAGUAUGUAUCCAGUUGGAGGGAUAUCUGCAAGCAUACACGCCGACCGGCUGCGAGCAGAAGGCAUGGGCUCCAACGAGAACGCGGUGCACUUUGCCAACCAGGACUAUGAGGCACUGAAGCAACAGUGCGUGGAGUCGGGCUGCCUUUUCGAAGACCCCUGUUUCCCCGCCGAGCCCCCAUCGCUUGGCUUCAAGGAGCUGGCCCCAUACUCUGCAAAAACCAGAGAUGUGGAGUGGAUGAGACCCACAGAACUAGUGCGUCAGCCUCGGUUCAUUGUAGAUGGUGCCACCAGGACGGACAUCUGUCAGGGAGCAUUGGGAGACUGCUGGCUCUUGGCAGCUAUUGGCUCUCUCACCCUAAACGAUAAGCUGCUUCAUCGGGUUGUUCCACAUGGCCAGUCCUUCCACGAUAACUAUGCUGGAAUUUUCCACUUUCAGUUCUGGCAGUUUGGCGAAUGGGUGGAUGUUGUCAUAGAUGACCGACUGCCUGUCAAAGAGGGCGAGCUGAUGUUUGUCCAUUCUGCUGAGGGCAAUGAGUUCUGGAGUGCAUUGCUGGAGAAGGCUUAUGCCAAGCUGAAUGGCUCUUAUGAGGCUCUGUCUGGAGGAAGCACCACUGAAGGUUUCGAGGACUUCACGGGUGGUGUGUCUGAGAUGUACGAUCUCGGCAAAGCUCCCAGAGAUCUGUACAAGAUCAUGGGCAAAGCUCUAGAGAGGGGCUCCCUGCUGGGCUGCUCAAUUGAUAUCACGAGUGCUUUUGACAUGGAGGCUGUAACAUUCAAGAAGCUGGUGAAGGGCCACGCCUAUUCAGUCACUGGAUUGAGAGAGGUGGAUUACCGUGGAAGACUGGAGCGUUUAAUCCGAAUUCGUAAUCCUUGGGGCCAGGUGGAGUGGACCGGCGCUUGGAGUGAUAAUUCCUCCGAAUGGGAACAAAUUGACGCUUCUGAACGAGAUGAACUGCAUCUGCAGAUGGAAGAUGGAGAGUUCUGGAUGGCCUUCAGUGAGUUUCUCAGGCAGUUUUCCCGUCUUGAAAUCUGCAACCUGACUCCUGACGCCCUGAAGGAGGACACUCUCAGCCACUGGAACACCAUCAAGUUUCACGGCACGUGGAGGAGAGGCAGCACCGCCGGUGGCUGCAGGAACCAUCCCAACACAUUCUGGAUCAACCCUCAGUAUAAGAUCACUUUGCUGGAAGAAGAUGAUGACCCCGAGGAUGAUGAUGUCGCAUGUAGUUUCUUGGUAGCUCUGAUGCAGAAGGACCGCCGCAGAUAUCGGCACCACGGUCAGGAUAUGCACACCAUCGGCUUUGCGUUGUAUGAGAUUCCAGAGGAGUUUCGAGGCUGCCAGAAUGUUCACCUGAAAAAGAAUUUCUUCCUGAGCAAUCAAUCGUGUGCUCGCUCUGAGACAUUCAUUAACCUGCGGGAAGUGAGCACACGUCUCCGUCUACCUCCUGGAGAGUACCUCAUCGUCCCCUCCACCUUUGAGCCCGGAAAAGAGGCCGAUUUUGUCCUCCGAGUCUUCACCGAGAAGCAAUCCGAAACGGAAGAGCUGGACGAUGAAAUCUCUGCUGAUUUUGGAGAAGAUGAUGAAAUAACUGAAGAUGACAUCGAUGAUUCCUUCAAGUCCAUGUUUGCCCAACUAGCAGGAGAGGACAUGGAGAUCUCCAUUCGGGAGCUGAGGACCAUUCUAAACAGAGUGGUGACCCGCCACAAAGAUUUGAAAACGGAUGGCUUUAGUAUGGAAUCCUGCAGAACCAUGGUCAACCUCAUGGAUAAGGAUGGAAGUGCUCGUCUGGGGCUGGUGGAGUUCCAAAUCCUUUGGAAUAAGAUCCGAAAGUGGCUGCUUGUUUUUAGACAGUUUGACCUCGAUAAGUCUGGCGCUAUGAGUUCUUAUGAGAUGCGUCUGGCGGUGGAGGGAGCAGGUUUUAAACUAAACAACAAACUGAACCAGAUUCUUGUAGCCCGGUAUGCAGAGAAUGAGAUGAUCGACUUUGAUAACUUUAUCUGCUGCUUAGUCAAGCUGGAGGCCAUGUUCAGGUCUUUCCAGCAGUUUGACAAAGAGGCGUCGGGAGUUGCUGAACUGACUCUAACAGAGUGGCUCUACAUGACCAUGUGUGGUUGAAGACAGCUGUAUACCUACCGGGUGAAGGAUGGCAUAGACGCAGCGCCCUGCAGACUGUCAUGAUUGUUUUAACGCUCAGCCUUGAUCAUCUAGUAACAUUUCCCACUUAAGCAUACCCAAAGUAGCAAAGGAGCUGUAUACACACACAUCCAAAAGUCCUUCCAAGCAAAGUGUCUCCAACAAGACACUUGAAACUAUGCAAACCUAAAGUAUGCAGCUAUCACUGUCACCUCUGUCCUGCACGAAUAUACAGUAUGCAUAACCACAGAAUCACAAGUUAUUUGCAUGGUGAUGGCUAAAUACAUUCGACAGUAUAUCUUUUAGGUUGGCUAUCUCAAGAGCCUGCUGAACUAUUUUGAAAUGAAACGGAUCAUUGUUAUGCUAGUACUUUAAAUAGUGACUGUCUUGUUUCUACUAACCAUUCUCAUGUACUCAUGUUAAGUUUUUCCCCACUCAUUUGAUUUUUAUUGAGUUAACAGAUGGUGUUAAUUCAGUUUUUCAUCCAUAGGUGGCAGUACAGACUUGAUCUUAAAACUUUUUCCUCAAUUUUUCUUUUUUUUCCUGUUAAAAACAAGCAGCUGAUCGAUGAAGUUUCACCUUAUGGUUUUAUUUUGCACUGAAUUUUUAGUCGAAGCUGCUAGCAAAGAUGCCUCACAUUGAGAAACACUGUCGCUAACAUUCACAGGGAUCACAAUAUUGAACGCCUUAUACCUGUCAUUAGCAAUUACAAUGUGCCAGUUGUGUUUUGUGUUGAGAAUGUGUGUUGUGCCUUCAAUAAAUAUUACCAUUAACAUCA